AUGGCUCCAGUUCGCGUGGGCAUCGUAGGCCUUUCGGCAAAGCAAGGCGCCUGGGCGACAUUGGCCCAUCUGCCUCGACUGGCCAAAUCUCCCAACUACGAGAUCGUGGCAUUGUGCAACUCGUCAAUAGAAUCCACCAAGGCGGCAAUCAAAGCGCAUAAUCUGCCGGAGACGACAAAGGCGUACGACACGUACGAGGCGCUGGCCGCGGACCCGGACGUGGAUCUCUAUGUCGUCUCGACGCGAGCAGACACGCAUUACGAGGUUGCCAUGCCGGCCCUCAAGGCCGGCAGGAACGUCUUUGUGGAGUGGCCGCUCGCCGCAACCACGGAACAAGCAAAGGAGAUGGCCGCCGCGGCCAAAGCGAAGAACGUCAAAACCAUGAUCGGGCUCCAGGGCCGCAUGUCACCAAGUGUGAAUAAGGUGAAAGAACUCGUGGACUCGGGGGCGCUGGGCGACAUCCACAGCGUGAACUACCAGGGGGCCAUCCACGUGUGGCAGAACAACGCGGCGAGCGACAGAUAUCACUAUUUCAUGGACCGCAGGGUCGGCGGCAACCUGCUGACCAUCUACGGAGGCCACGUACUCGACUCGAUACUGUACGCUGUGGGGGAGCUGAAGCCGGGCAGCUAUACGCCGCUGGCCGUCAACCUCCGGCGGAAAAUGCAUCUCAUGAAGCCUGACGGGUCGUUGUCCGAGGAGCUCUACGACAAGGACACGCCGGACCAGAUCCUGCUGCAGGGAAGGCUGGAUCGGCAUCCGGCGGCGGUAUUCAGCUUCCACCUACGGGCUGGAGACAGGUUCAUUGGCUCUCCUGGCUCGACGUGGAGGAUAUAUGGCACCAAGGGAGAAUUGGCCGUCGAGUUUGCGAGCGCGGGCCCGCAGAUGGCGAAGGCCUUGAGCAUUCGGUUCUCCAACGCCGAAAAGGGCGAGAUCGAAGAAUUCGUCACGGACGAGGGUGGGGAGGAAUGGACCGCGCUGCCGACCCAGGGGCAGAAUAUUGGCAGGCUGUAUGAGGCUUAUGCGACGGGGCAGCCUUACGCGGACUUUGACCUUGCUGUGAAGAGACAUGAGCUCAUUGACGAAUUCUGGGCCACGAUGGAGUAG